AUGUUAUCAUUGCGGCAACAAACUACUACUACUGUGUCUGCUGGUUUCAAAGCUCUAACACCUAGACAACAUUACUUCACUUCAAGUCUCACAUCAUUCUCUCGUUCAAAAGUCAAUCAUGAUGCAACCUCUACCAACAACUACAACAUAACAACCAAACAAAGACAUUUGGCCAAGUACUGGACGACAGAUUAUAUUAAGAGAGCAUUUAUCGACUUUGAUAAACUGUCACCAUGGAGGAGAUCAGUCAUCUAUGAUUACUACCUCAACGAGAGGAUCAAGCACUUGAACAGAGUCAAGAACAACACUUCAAAGACAGCAACUACUACCGCUGCUGCUGCUGCUGCAACUUCUACACUCAAGUCAACAGCCAAACAGGAACAACUUGUGGAGGGGGAUAUCACAGUCGAUGAGCAAGUAGUAGAGGAGAAGAAGAAUGUUGUUAUUGACGAUGAUGGACAAUCUGGUAUCGCCAACAUUAUGUUGAUGACAGCACAUGGCCCACUAUUCAAAGAGAUAUCUGCACUUGAGAACAUGAUAACCAAGCCUGCACUAUGGCUAAUCAGAUGGAGGAACAAUAACCUCAACAACGAUGAGUUGCUCAAAUUCCUAAAGGAGUCUGAGAAAGCAGUCGUACAAUUUACUGAUGCAUUGAGAAAGAGAGACUUGGAUUUCCUGGAUGGAAUCAUUGCAGAGGGAGUGUUCAAGACGACUUGGUUUGAAGUGUAUCUCAAGCAAACAUUGGCCAAAGCCAAUCAUGAUGAGGUGAUUGGAUACGUGUCACUAGAGAUCAAGAAGGAGUUUGUGGACUCUGCCGUGAUCGUUACCACCGACCACGAGGGCGAACAAAUCAUCCGGGCAGUCUACAAGUUCUACGGAACAACUACCUUUGAAUUCGUCCACAACAAUCCUGAUUUAAAGAAGAUGUUUGAGAGGUCAGACAACUUGGAACAAACUGUAAAGCUUGUUACCGAUCGCAAGAAUACCAACCUUCCAUCAACAGGAGAGGAGUGUCUAUACUAUACCAACAUCGAUUGGACAAAAGAUGAUAAAGAUAUGUGGCGAAUGAAAUCCAUUGGAAUCACCGCCUAA